GCGAGACCGUCAGCACGCUCGUUCGGGACUGAGAUUUGCUCCUCCGCGCCUGCAGCAUCGCCUCAUCCUCCAGUUAGAUCCACCGCGUAGCAACCAUGUCUGUAGCGGGGCUGAAGAAGCAAUUCCACAAAGCCACUCAGAAAGUGAGUGAGAAAGUUGGAGGAGCAGAGGGAACGAAGUACGAUGAGGACUUCACUGAAAUGGAAAAGAAGGUGGACACCACCGCUCGAGCAGUGCUGGAGAUCAUGACCAAGACCACCGAGUAUCUGCAGCCGAACCCAGCCACCCGAGCCAAGAUGAGCAUGAUGAACUCCAUGUCACGUAUCCGGGGCCAGGAGAAGGGACCCGGCUACACGCAGACCGAGGCCAUCCUGGGAGAAGCCAUGCAGAGGUUUGGCAGGGAGCUCGGGGAGGAGUCCAACUUCGGCCUGGCUCUGAUUGAUGCUGGAGAAGCUAUGCGUGAGCUCGGAGAGGUUAAAGACGCUCUGGACAUGGAGGUGAAGCAGAACUUUAUCGACCCAAUGCAGAACCUCCACGAAAAAGAUCUCAAGGAGAUUCAGCAUCACCUGAAGAAAAUGGAGGGCCGUCGUCUGGACUUUGACUACAAGAAGAAACGUCAGGGCAAAGUGACGGACGAUGAGAUCAAACAGGCCCUGGAGAAGUUCGAUGACUCUAAGGAGAUUGCUGAGCAGAGCAUGUUCAACCUGCUGGAGAGUGACAUUGAACAGGUGAGCCAGCUGGCUGCGCUGGUCCAUGCUCAGGUGGAGUAUCACAGCCGGGCUGCUGAGAUCCUCACACAGCUCUCCAGCAAGAUCGACGAACGGAUAAGGGAUGCUUCGAACAAACCGAGGAAAGAGUACGCUCCUAAACCGCGUAUAUCACUGGACUUCUCCAUCAGCGAGAACCACAAUGGAGGCAUCCACAGCGCUCGCUCCCCAGGUGCCAGGUCUCCAGCAAGAUCUCCAGCCAGGUCUCCAGCCCCCAUGGACCAGCCCUGCUGCCGCGCGCUGUACGACUUCGACCCCGAGAACGAGGGGGAGCUCGGCUUCAAGGAAGGGGACAUCAUCACCCUCACCAACAAGAUCGACGAAAACUGGUACGAGGGGAUGCUCCACGGCAACUCAGGCUUUUUCCCCAUCAACUACGUGGACAUCCUGGUGCCGCUGCCCCACUAGGACGCCGCGGCGACCGGACGCGUCCGCGGCAGCAGCGAGUUGAAGCCUGGCCUCCAGCACCCUCCCGUCCGCUCAGUGUUCCCCGUAACCUUCUCCUGAACAUUCCUACUAACCACCUGUGCUCUGCUUUACGGGAGUCAAAACAGCAACAACACACUAACCAACAAAGAUGCAAACAAGAGUGAUGAUAAAUUCAAGCAAAUAUGCACCAAGUUGAGCGAUAAAAUCUUUCAGAGAAUGGGGUGAAAUUCAGUAUUGAUAUUGUUACUUCCCCUUUUCCCGGGAGCUACUACCUUCAGGCGUCCAUCGUCAUCUUUUCCGAGUUUACGUCCCGGCUUUUGUCUCGGUUUGAGUUGGCUGUCGGUCCGUCAUGAGUUUAUC